UAGAGAAGGCCCACCCAUGUCUGUAUCAUGUGCAGGUGCAUUUUUCCAUUAUAAAUUUUCCGUCGUCGCCUCCCAUAUCCCCAACUCAGUUCUCUCUGAAAUAAACAAAAAAUGAGUGGGAAAGGAGAGUUGGUGGUGGUGGAGGUGAGGAAGACGGAAGUGGUGGCGGUAGCGUUGCCGAUGCGUGUGCAUUUACUACCGCUUUCCAACCAUGACUUGCUCUUGCCUCCUGUCGACGUCGCUGUGUUCUUUUGUUAUAAGAAUCCAACCACCACCACCACAAGACUCAUUGGAAAAGAAGGGGCCUUAAUGUUGUUCACAUUUGCCUCCAUGAUCGGUGUUUUGAAGAAGGCCAUGUCUCAAGCUUUAGUUUCUUACUAUCCAUUUGCUGGGGAGGUUGUGCACAACACUGUGGGUGAACCUCAGCUUCUUUGCAACAACCAUGGAGUGGACUUCAUUGAAGCUUUUGCCCACGUAGAGCUUCAAGGUCUCAAUUUCUACAACCCUGAUUACAGCAUUGAAGGUAAGCUGGUGCCUAAGAAGAAGCAAGGGGUGCUCUCGGUUCAGGUAUUGUAUUACAUAAGUAUAAUAGUUUUUAAAAUUUAAAAUAAUUAUAAAUUUAUAUUUUUAAUGAAAAUCGUUCAUUACGUAUGUAGAACGGAAAGAAUCUCUUUCCUUCUGCUUUCAUCUUGUGGGCCCUAAUCCAUUCUUCUUUUG